AUGUGUGACUACACCAAGGUGGAGUAUGCCUGCGGACAUCUACGGUACACGGUGCGCGCGUGGUGUCUGAAGUACCAAGAGACUCACAAGCGCUGUCCAGCGAACGUCGUUGCGAUCGAAUACCGACUGGACGAGAAGUGUGGCGACUGCAGGGAUACCACGAACCGCCUGUACACGCUGAAGAAGAAGGCCUCCGUCAUCCCCAACAGCAAGAAGGAUGGCGCGUCGGCGAGCUCUUCCAAGUGA